GUCAAAAGAAAACCGGCGUCGCGGCGCAGGUCUGCAAAGACGUUUUAGGUAGACAUUAUUUCCAGUUUCAUAGGUUAACACAGUGAGUAGUCGAAACUGAAUUACAGAAAUGUCCCUCCCAGUUUUUUCAGAAUCCCUGAGUUCUGCAGCAGAUUAUCAUCAGGCAAGUUUGACGCAGCCAUUCUCUCAAAUAUUGUGCAUUAGCGAUUCGGAUGAAACCCUUUCGCAGAACACCAGUCAUCGAACACGGUCACCUUCCCCAGUACUGGAACAACAUUCUGAAGGACUCGUCGAUUUGACCACGCUGUCCAACAGUCUCGAUGAAACAGUUUCCUCAAAACGGUCAGAAUAUGUAGAAACGUCCGAAAACACACCAUGUUCGCCAAUCGUACUUUCUGACAGUGCCAAUUCCUCUUCCGCUCAGCUGAACUGCUCGACGAUGAACAGCAGUGCCAAUAGACUGAGUUCCGGUGCACGGGCUCGCCUGAAUGAUUUUUUCGACAACAUCCCCAGCUCGACGCAAAAUAUAAGUAAACCAGAAUUUCAACUGACCGAAUCUCAGCUGUCUGACAACAUGUUCGAGCACACACCAGACGAAGGCAGCAAAGAAGAGUCUAUUGUCGAAACGCAGACAUCUGACAAAACCUCCCCCGUAAUGAACGAAAAAAGUGAACCUAAGGAGGAUCAUUCGCCGGUAUUGAGAAAUUUGAAGAUUUCGGCUAAAAUCAAAAUUAAAGUUCACGUCUCGGAACUCAGCGACGAAAGUUCCUCUGAGUCUGAGAAACCUACUGAAAAAACGGACCAAUCAAAAGCAAAUCAGGGCAUCCAGAGGUCAGAGCAAAUAAUCGACAAUGAUAUGAUGGACAUUCUGACGGAAAUAUACGGCAACGCAUGGAGGACUCCGAAAAAUGUGGCUCUCUGUCAACCAAGACCGAAAAAGGGACCUGUUCAACCGAAAGACCACAUUUCCACAAUUCCCGGGAAAGUAUCAUUUCUUCAGUCGUUAGAUGAGAAAACCCCCUUGGACUUGUGCUCCACGGAAUUACGGAAAUACAGAACACAUUUCAAUACCACUAAAGACAAAUUGAUGGCUCAGUUGUAUGAGCUAUACAAUCGGGAGGUAUUUGAAGACAAAAUGAAUGUACCACUGAGCUGGAACAAGAAAUUAACCUGCACUGCCGGACGUUGUUUCAAUAUUAAGAAGAACGGAGAGCGAUCGUGCAAAAUUGAGUUGAGUGACAAAGUUAUUACUUGUGCCGAGCGAAUGCGAUCGACGCUGAUACACGAAAUGUGUCAUGCUGCGGCGUGGAUUUUCCACGCAGAAAACGGCCAUGGUAAACAUUGGAAGCAUUGGACGUAUCGUGCCCGGCGAGCUCUUCCCGAGUUGCCACCCAUCACCGUGUGCCACCAGUAUGAGAUCGAGUACAAGUACACGUACCAAUGUGUUCUCUGCAAGUCUAAAUACAAUGCACACACCCGUUCUAAAAAGACGGAGAACAUUCGAUGUGCUUAUUGUCACGGCAAGAUUGAGCUAUUUGUGAAUAAGAAGAACAAAGACGGUGAAACUGUGGCCACUCCGGCCAAGGCAGGAAAAGGAUUUGCUGCGUUCGUGAAAGACAAAUACAAGCACGUGCGACAGGGUGAGAGUAACCACGCGGACACUAUGAAAGUUUUGAGUCAAAAAUUCGCCGGACUUAGUACUGAACAGAAGAAUUUAUAUGCGUAGUAUUUUGACAAUAACCCAAUGCAUUAGGGGCUAUAAAGAUGUUUUCCGUGAAAACUUGAA